AUGAUCACCACUUCCUGGUAUGUAUUAUUCUUAGAAGGUUCCCCCUCCUCUACAAACAAGGGAUUUCAGGAAUUAAUAUCAACUGGCCUAGCAGAAAGUAUAAAGUCAAUGAAUCUUCAGCCUGAAGAAGAUGACAUUCCAUGGGAAAAUUUGCGAGACAACAGAGACUUAAAUGUUUUCUUCAGCUGGGAUCCAAAAGACAGGGAUAUUUCUGAAGAACAUAAGAAACUUUCCAUGGAGGAGGAGACCUUGUGGUUAAGAAUCCGAUCCUUAACAUUGAGGCUGAUCAGUGGACUUCCAAGUCUCAACCACCCUGUGGAGCCAAAGAACUCAGAAAAGACUGCUGAGAAUGGUGUAUCUUCCCGGAUUGAUAUUCUUCGUUUGCUCCUUCAACAGUUGGAGAUGGCCCUGGAGACGGGAAAGCGAUUUAUUGAGAAGGAAAUUCAGUAUCCUUUCCUUGGUCCUGUACCUACCAGAAUGGGUGGAUUCUUUAAUUCUGGCUGUUCUCUGUGCCAGAUAAGCUCUUUUUAUCUUGUUAAUGAUAUUUAUGAGCUGGAUACCAAUGGUUUAGAUGAUACAGUGGAGAUCCAGGAGCGAAUAGAAAAUAAUCUUAAGUCUUUACUGGAACAAUUAAAAGAUGUCUUCAGUAAAUGUAAAGGUGACCUCUUAGAAGUUAAAGAUGGUAACUUGAAAACACAUCCUACUCUUUUAGAAAACCUAGUCUUCUUUGUUGAGGUAUGGUUUUGUUCUCUUGCUAAAAGAUGUGAUUUUCCUUAA